AUGCCGCGACCACUCCUGCGGGGACUCCUGCUAUGCCUGGCUGCCAAUGGCCUGCAGCCACUGGCACUCAUCACGCGGCGCCGGACAGGCCGCAGCGGUGCGAGGGCAUCCGUGCGCAGCAGCAAUGAUGCGAGACGUCUGGCAUCCGUGCGCAGCAGCGAUGAAAAACGGCCCAACCUCGCGCGCACGGCGAGCGCCGCCGCAUUGGUCGCCGGCACGACCGUCGGCGGCGGCUUCCUCGGGCUGCCCGCGGUCGUCAAGCCUGCUGGCUUCGUGCCGACCGUCGUGACGCUGACGGCGUCCUGGCUCUUCUUGCUCGCGGAAGCAUUAGUAGUCGCCGAGGCUGUCGGGCGGUGCCGCGGGAGCGCUUCGCUGACGACAGUAGCAGAGACCGCCGGCGCGAGCAAACUCGCGGUGCGGGGUUUAUUCUUCGCGCUCGUAACAGCAACGCUUGCAUCUCAGCUGAGCAAGGCCGGGACGCUCCUCCCAAACCUCUCGUACCGCGCGGCGACACUCGCAGCCGCGGUCGCCGCUUGCCUCGCUGCGCUCGGCCCCUCAACAAAGCGUGCGGCGGACCUGAAUGCCGUUUUGACCGCUGUGUUCGCCAUAAGCGCAAUCGGCGUCGGUCUGACCGCGACCACCGCAAUCGAGUCGGGCGCGCUCGCCUUCGACGCGUCACGACUAGCCAUCACGAAUGCGGCCGCGGCGCGGCGGUCGGUUCCGACGAUCCUCCAGCUACUCGUAUUUGCGGAGACUGUGCCCACGGUCAACGAACUGCUCGACGGCGACGCCCCGCGCAUCCGGGCGGCGCUCACGUUUGGCUCGCUCGCGCCGCUGGUCCUCGAGGCGGCCUGGGCUUGUUUAGGAUUAGGCGUGAUCACUCGCGGCGACCCGUUCGAACACCUGCUGGGGUCGGAUCCGACACGACUGUGCGCCAUCCUGCUCGCCGGCUCGGCCGUCGCGACGACGGCGCUCGGUUCUAUAUUGGCGCUGAAGUCCGACGUCGCGCCGACGGCAUCCCGGCCGCGCCGUGCAGCGUUAUACGCGACGCUGCCGGCCGUCGCCGUCGCGCUGACGUCGCCGGAGGUCUUCUUCAAGGCGAUGGACUUCGCCGGGGCGUAUCCAGUGGCGAUCCUCUGGGGACUCUUCCCGCCGCUGGCGUGUCUGAAGUUGCGGCGGACGACGUCUGGCGCGCGGUCGGCGGGCCCCGACGCGUGGCUCGUGGUCCUCGCGGCUGUAUCUGGUCUUUUUGUCGCGUCGACGGCGGCGAGAGAUUUGCGGGGGUUGUUUAGACUGUUGUUUUAA